AUGGCGGCGCCCAUAUAUGAAGAAUCUUGUUUACGAUUUAAUUUAUUGGAACUAAUUAAUGGUGAUUUGAAAAAAUUUUUAGAAACUGUUAAGAAAGAAAAAGUGUGUGUUAUAUCGGUUAUUGGCAAAAGUGCUUUAAAUGCAUCCCAAUUCAAAGAGCAUGUUAUUGCAGAAGCUUUAAAUAGGCAUAUAUUUCAGACUGAUGAAGAAAAAAGAGGAAAAAGUACUACAAAAUGUGAUGUCAACGGAUAUUAUGAUGUGCCUUCCCGUUCAAUUUUUCUACAAAUGCAAGGAAUAAAUGAUUCAGAUGUAUUGCUGAAUACAUGCAGAGAAAUGGAGGAUGAAUUGAAAGUAAAGAGCUUUUUAGAAGUUUGGAGUGACAUUCAUUUUGAUUAUGCCAAAAUUCUGCUGAUGCUGUUUUGCAUAUCCCACAUUAUAAUAGUUGUUCAUCCAACCGUUUGUUUUGAUCUUAGUUAUGUGUAUUUGUUUAGGUCACUUGAAACUAUGAGAUUGAGAGCUGUUUCCUGGUUUAGAGAGGUACUGUCUUCCACUGAAAUAUCAAACGACUGGCUGCAAAACGGGCGACCAUGUUCACCACGAGUUUUAUUUGUGUUUCAGUCGUCUUCAUUAUUUCAUUCAAAUGAUGGUAAUUCCAUCGCUGCUGAUGGAGGAAGUAGAUUUAAAUCAAAAAAACAAUCACCUUUGAAGAGAUUGGAACAUUCACUGGAAGAUCAGAUUUAUAGAAUUUUGCGCAAAAGCAGGGUUAUAACAAAUGUUAGUGGAAAUUCCCUUUUUGCAGUUCCUGCCAAUCAAGAAUUUGUAUACAUAUUUUCUUCUAAGCCCUAUAUCACAGAUUUUGUUGGAUUUUUCUUGACGCAAAUAAGAUCUCACUGCCAAAUGGCCAGUGAUCUUGAUUCUUCUGAAUCAAAACUGAAGUCACAGCCUAACAUUUUGAAAACAAGUUCCAUUUAUGAGAAUGGAAUUUUUGAUCCAUCAGCUGGAAGUGAUAAUUCGGAACACAGUUUCUCAAAAUUUCUAUUCCAACAUAUUAAUUUAGCGCUAUCUAAAGGCUUUGAUGAUAAUGUAGGACGUUAUCCUGUACCAGCUUAUUUUGAGUUGGCAUCAACUCAUAUUUGGUUUGAAACAAUAUGCAAACUAGGCGCUGCUUUUUAUACUGAGCCUAAAGAAUCUAAAGGACGAUCUUUUCAUCAAUCCAUCAAAGCAGCUUUGGAUACUGAUGUUAAAUUUUCUGAAGGGAGAUGUGCCAAAGUUUUACCUCUUGCAUCUGCUGCUUAUCAGGAUAAUUUGCCAACUCAUUACACAGAUGACUAUCACCAGACUCGGCUUGCUCAUGCAUUGCAUGUCUUUAGUUUGCAUGCUAGAGGCCCAGCUAUUCAAAGGUUUGCUAAACAGUUGAAAGAAGACUGUGAAAGACUAUGGAAAAGUGGUCAUCAAAUGUGUGAAGUAUUGAGUCUUACUGGCAAUCAUUGUAUGAAUCCUCUCCAUCGUACUGAUGACGAACUGCUUGAAGAAAAAACGUUGCCAAUAAUGUCUCACUGUAGUCAAAUGAAAAUACUUUCAACCUGUGAUUGUGGUCGCAAACAAGCUACCAGGGAUGAUCCCUUUGAUGUUAAGGCUGCCAAUUACGACUUUUAUGUUUUGCAAAGGAAUCUGUGCUGCAGAGAUCUAGAAAGGAUAGAAUUCCCAGUUUUUCAAGCAAGUACAGUAGAUUCUCAUCCAGCCCGAAUUUCUCCCAUUCCAUUACCAUUACCCAAUGAUGUAGAAGAAAAAUCAAAAGAUGUAAAAUCAGCUGAAAAUGCUAGUCAUGGUACUAAUCUUUCCAAACCAGAGCUUUCUGAAGGAAAUUCAGAUGAAAACUCUUUAAUUAAUGAAAUUGAGCAGCUAACUACUGAAGAUCAAUCUCAAAGUCAAGCUGAAGAUGAAAGAGAUGAGAUUGUCAUUAGUAUACAAGAUGAAACUGCACCAUCAAGGGAUCGUGGCCUUACAAGACAACCAUCUACUACAGAAUAUUUGCCAGGGAUGCUUCAUUCAGAGAGCAGACCUAGUUUGUUGCCUAUGUUUUCCUCUUGGUCUUUAGUUUGCUUAGGACCAUCUAGCCUUUAUUCUCAUAACAUUGGCUUGCAAGAUCAACCAGGCUUUAUUCCUGGAACAAAUUAUUUGCUGCCAUGGGAUGUGACUGUGAAGUUAGAACAAAAAGAACGUUGGCCUGCUCUAUGGGAGGGAAAGAGGCCAUUAAGUUUAAAAGCAAAGAAAGCAAUUAGAGAUGGUCCUCAAUUUAACGUGAAAAUAUUUAUUGGAGUAGAAUAUGAAUGUUAUAGAGGACAUCGUUUCAUGUGCUCUGCUCCAGAUCGUGUUCUCAGAGUAACAAGUACUGGACAUGUUAAAGAUAAUGCUUCAAAAGUGACUGGUUCAGAUAUGCCAUUAUACUUUCCUUGUCCUUGCAGAUCUUCAAAACCACAAAACGCUCAACUGAUGCGUAUCCAUGUUGUAACACCAAAAGCUCCUGUUCAUGUGACAAUUCAUCCUAAAGUUCAACCAGCCCCCGAUCCAUGUCCAGUUUUUUUUCCAACUAUAAACGAACCUUUAAAGCUCUCACAGUCUGCUUACUGGGUAUUACGCUUGCCUUUUGUAUAUGAAGGAGAGCAUGGUCCAUAUCUUCCGCUUAGAGAGCCUGUUCCUGUAACAGCUUGUAGAUUACUGAAAGGUACUUAUAAUAUUGCAGAACAGCAGUCAAGUCGAUGAGCCGGAUUAUAUUAAAAUAUAUUGAGCCCCAGUACUGAAGUUUUGUACACCUUAUUCUAUUCAACUGUGAAGUAUUUUAUUGCUGUUUUUUUCUUCAGUUUUGUAUUGGAUAUAUCUUGUCCAAGCUGUACA